AUAUAUUAGGCGUUAAACUCAAAGAUAUGCCACAAUUACUCGAUCCCAAUACCGAUGUCUCGACGUUACCAUCAUUUAUGUCCAGAUCAGCCGUUGAGCAGAGGAUCAAUCAGUUGUUGCAAUACAUGUCUCGUCCGGACUCUGCUCUCAGUACAAGACGUCGAUUACGGGAAUUGAGUAGUCUUUUGGCCACAUAUCCCGAUGCUAUCCAUUACGCGGUCGCCAAUCGGGCCAUUCAAACGGUAAUAAGACUUAACCAACGGUCAGAGGAGCUGAUGGUUCGCCAGCACUCGAACCAAGUGUUGGCUCUUUUGGGUUAUUGUGAACCACCGAAAGGCAAUGGCAUUCGUAUUCUUAGCAUUGAUGGCGGAGGCACUCGAGGAAUACUUGUGAUCGAAAUACUUCGUGAGUUGGAACGACUGAGUGGUAAACCCGUACACGAGAUGUUUGAUCUGAUCUGUGGUGUGAGUACGGGUGCCAUAAUCGGUAUGCUUUUGGGCGCAAUGCGGACACCGAUCGACGAGUGCGAAGAAUACUACCACCGCUUCAGUUCGCAUCUGUUUAAGAGUGACUUUCUUCGGGGCGCCGGACGUCUGAUUUGGUCGCACGCCUACUACGACACCACCGUUUGGGAGAAGAUUCUCAAAGACAUCUACGGCGAGACACUGAUGAUGGAGAGCAAGCAGUGCGCCGGCACUCCCAGCGUACUGGCCAUCAGCGCUCUCAUGAAUAAGCCCUCUAUCGAAGCGUUUCUGUUCCGCAAUUAUGAGCUCCCGAUUCACACGCGAUCGUUGAGCCAAUACGAGGGCAGCUCUAAGUAUAAGAUAUGGCAGGCGGUGAGGGCGUCGGCGGCCGCUCCGGGCUAUUUCGAGGAAAUACGGUUAGACCAAUACGUGCAUCAGGACGGAGGCCUUCUCAUCAACAACCCCACAGCUGUGGCCGUACACGAGGCCAAGAUGUUGUGGCCCAGCGAACACAUCCAAUGCGUGCUGUCGUUAGGCAGCGGCCGCUUUGUGCCGCAGUUGGAAGAGCCCCCGUCCAGGACUACUAGUCUCAAGACUAAGAUCAUUAAACUGAUCGAUUCGGCCACCGAUACCGAAAUGGUUGACCGACUCAUGAAGGACUUGUUGCCGCCCAAGACUUACUUCCGGAUUAAUCCAUAUUUAACAGAAAUGGGAACUCUUGAUGAGAACCGACGCGAAAAGUUGGACCAAAUGAAAGCCGACGCCCGAAAGUAUUUGAGGAAAAAUGACAACAAAUUUACAGAAGCCGUCACUGAAUUGACACAAAAACGCAAAGUUAGACAACAUCUCGAAGACUGGCUUCGACUUCAAUACUAUCUUCGAGUUUAA